CUCACUCUCGAGCUCGUUUAAUGUUUUAUUUAGACAGACGAGUCACGCGCGGUGCAUUCUGGGUAGGGCACUUUCAAGCAGCCAUCUUGGCUUUUCGUCCUGUGUAAAGGAGGGAGAUGAAGGGGAUCCGAGGAAUUACUCAGCUGUCGAGGAGGCUUUAUGCAGCCCAGGCUGCCCGUAAGGUGGAGGUGACUGGGUUUCAGCCGCAGGACGUGCAGGUAACCAGGUUGCCCAGUGGACUGGUGAUCGCCUCGCUGGAGAACUAUUCUCCAGCCUCUAAGAUCGGCGUGUUCGUCAAGGCAGGCUGUCGCUAUGAAACUCCUGACAACGUGGGGGUAACCCACCUCCUCCGACUGGCCUCCAAUCUUACAACCAAAGGGGCUUCAGCGUUUAAGAUAUGCCGUGGGGUUGAAGCAGUGGGGGGCAGCUUAAGCGUGACUUCAUCUCGAGAGAAUAUGGUGUACACCGUCGACUGCCUGAGAGACGAUUUCGACACAGUGAUGGAGUUCUUGAUCAACGUGACCACGGCUCAGGAGUUCCGUCCGUGGGAGGUGUCGGAUCUCACACCCAGAGUGAUCCUGGACAAAGCUCAAGCUGCUCAGAGCCCCCAGAUAGGUGUCAUUGAGAGUCUGCACCAAGCAGCCUAUAAGAACGCGUUGUGCAACUCCCUGUACUGCCCUGAUCACAUGGUUGGAAACAUCCAGUCCGAGCAUCUGCAUCAGUUUGUUCAAAACAACUUCACCAGCGCCAGGAUGGCUCUUGUUGGUCUCGGUGUGGACCACAACGUUCUGAAGCAGGUGGGCGAGCAGUUCCUCAACAUCCGCAGCGGAGCGGGAUCUGCCGGCGCCAAGGCUCAGUACCGCGGAGGCGAGGCCCGGCUGCCCGGCACCAGCAGCCUGGUCCACACGGCUGUAGUGAGCGAGUCCGCGGCGGCGGGAAGCGGCGAGGCCCUGGCCUUCAGCGUGCUGCAGCAUCUGCUGGGAGCCGCUCCGAACGUCAAGAGGGGGGCCGCCGUCUCCAACAAGCUGGUCCAGGGUGUCGCCAAGGCAACCGCUGACCCCUUUGAUGUUAGUGCUUUCAACGCCAGCUACUCCGACUCCGGCCUGUUCGGGGUGUACACCAUCUCCCAGGCUGCAGCCGCCGGCGAGGUGAUCAGGGCAGCCGUCGCUCAGGUGAAAGCCGUUGCUGAUGGGGGAGUCACGGCCGCUGACCUCACUCGAGCAAAAGCUCAGCUGAAGAGUCACUUCCUGAUGUCUCUGGAAACGUCUGAAGGUUUGCUAGAGGCUGUGGGAACUCAGGCUUUGGCUAGCGGGUCGUACCAAUCCAGCGAAGAACUCUCCAAAAACAUCGACAACGUCUCUCUGAACGAUGUUGCUAACGCUGCAAAGAAAUUCGUCACCGGGAAGAAGUCCAUGGCGUCCAGCGGGAACCUCAUCAACACACCCUUCGUGGAUGAGAUCUGAAGUCCUCUUCAUCUCCUCUUAAUCAUCAUCAAAUCUGAUAUUUUCCCUCCAUCUUGAAGCCAAACAGAGCUUAUUGUUUUUCACUUACUGCUGUUCUAAAGAAUAUAACAUCAGGGUACGUGUAGGUGUCAGAAAAAAACUGUUUUAAGUUUCAGAGUACUGUGUAUUACCCACCUCUAAACAUCUGUAUAGCUCAUGUAAAAUACAGAAUAAAUUUAAUCUACCUUAAA